GGAGGAGGGAGCGCCGCCUCUCUGGUUUGUCCCCGACUCCUCUCUCCUCAGAGCCAGGCUGAAGCAGUCGGAGCAGCGGCCGGCGUUGCCCCAGCGACCGCCCGGGCGACGGCGCCAGACAAUGGAGCGCGCGCGGGGCACGGGGAGGCGUCCCACGCGCCUGUAGAGUGGAAUGGUGCAGCGCGCCGAGCUCACCCUGCGCAGUCGGCAACAGGCGGAGGACACAAUGGAGAUACAGCAAAUGUGCACAAAAUUAUGCCAACAUAAACACCAUGAUCUAAAGGAUGAUGUUUCUGAGAAACAAUGUCCAGUGACUAUGAAUCCUCGCCACAUGAAAAAUGCUUUUAAAGUUAUGAAUGAACUGAGAAGUCAGAACCUUUUAUGUGAUGUGACACUUGUAGCUGAAGAUACUGAAAUUUCAGCACACAGAGUUGUUUUGGCAGCCUGCAGUCCAUACUUCCACGCAAUGUUUACAGGUGAAAUGAGCGAGAGCAAAGCAAAAAGAGUCCGCAUAAAGGAAGUGGACAGCUGGACAUUGAGCAUUCUUGUGGAUUAUGUUUACACAGCUGAACUUCAGGUUACAGAAGAGAAUGUACAGGUAUUACUUCCAGCAGCAGGAUUACUGCAGUUACAGGAUGUGCGAAAGACCUGUUGUGAUUUCCUGGAGUCCCAGCUUCAUCCUUCUAAUUGUUUAGGGAUUCGAGCUUUUGCUGAUAUGCAUGCCUGCACUGAACUCUUGAACCAAGCCAACAAGUAUGCAGAACAGCAUUUCUCAGAGGUCGUGCUGGGAGAGGAAUUCCUCAACCUUGGUAUAGAUCAAGUAUGCAGUCUGAUAGCCAGUGACAUGCUCACGAUUUCAUCAGAAGAAAAGGUUUUUGAAGCAGCCAUCUCGUGGGUGAAACAUGAUAAGGAGCCUCGGCAGGAGCAUAUGGCACGAUUGAUGGAAAAUGUCCGGCUACCUCUCCUUACACGCGAAUACCUGGUGCAGAGAGUGGAAGAGGAGACAUUGGUUAAAAAUAGUAAUGCAUGCAAAGAUUACCUCAUCGAAGCAAUGAAGUAUCAUUUGCUUCCAGCGGAUCAACGAGCAUUAAUGAAAACAACCAGAACAAGAUUAAGAACGCCAGUCAGCCUUCCAAAGGUGCUAGUAGUGGUUGGUGGCCAAGCGCCAAAAGCUAUCCGGAGCGUGGAGUGCUAUGAUUUUGCAGAAGAACGUUGGUACCAAGUUGCAGAGCUUCCCUCUCGGCGGUGUAGAGCAGGUGUGAUGUAUAUGGGUGGGUUAGUUUAUGCUGUUGGAGGUUUUAAUGGUUCAUUACGAGUGAGAACAGUUGAUUCAUAUGAUCCAGUCAAGGACCAGUGGAUGAGCAAUGCCAAUAUGCAGGACAGGCGGAGCACUCUGGGAGCAGCAGUGCUGAAUGGAUUGCUGUAUGCAGUGGGAGGAUUUGACGGAAGUACAGGUUUAUCUUCUGUUGAGGUAUACAAUGUUAAAGCAAAUGAGUGGGUUCAUGUCGCCCCAAUGAACACCAGAAGGAGUAGUGUGGGCGUUGGUGUUGUUGGAGGUGUGUUGUAUGCUGUAGGUGGCUAUGACGGGGCAUCACGACAAUGUCUCAGUUCUGUAGAGGCCUACAACUCAGCGAAAAAUGAAUGGACCUACAUUGCUGAAAUGAGUACAAGGCGCAGUGGGGCAGGUGUGGGAGUUCUAAAUGGUCUACUCUACGCAGUUGGAGGUCACGAUGGUCCAUUGGUGAGGAAAAGUGUGGAGAUGUAUGACGCCUCUGCAAAUACCUGGAAACAGGUUGCAGACAUGAAUAUGUGCAGGAGGAAUGCAGGUGUCUGUGCUGUAAAUGGUCUGCUGUACGUAGCCGGUGGGGAUGAUGGCUCCUGUAACCUUGCGUCUGUGGAAUAUUACAACCCAGCAUUAGAUAAAUGGAUACUUCUACCACAGUGUAUGAGUACAGGAAGAAGUUAUGCAGGUGUUACAGUAAUUGACAAACCUUUAUGAUUAAAGUAUGCUGGAAACGUUGAACACUGGAUUCUGCAUUGAAAUGGUAUUUCAUGAAGUAGCUCAACUUUUUAGCACUUCUUUGAUGACCACAUUAGAAGCGAUCAUUUAACGCAGUGUGGAAGAGGCCAGACAACAAUGUCUUGUCAGCAAGAAUAGAAGAUUAAGAUGAUUGCACUUGAUGGGAAGCACUACGUGGAAAGGGGCUACGUUACAGCUUUUAGCAAGUAGUGUUGGAAUGGAGCCUUGAAGCAUAGGAUUUGAAAAUCAAAAGCUGCUAUAGAAAUACUGACUUAUGUUGGGCAAGAUUGAUUUGUGCCAUGUGAAACAAAGCAACACUUUGUUCUGGACACUACAGUUAAUGGCUUCAUAAAACUCGUGAAUAGCAAACAGAGUAAUGGUUACAAUUGUAUAGUGGCAAAUAAAUUGGUUCCAUAUGUCUAACUAUGGAGAUUGAUGUCUAAGUUGCCAACAGUUACAUUUUGAUUACAGGACCAUAAUUUUGUCUACCUUUUGCUGUUAUCAGCACUUGACUUAAGACUUGUUUAAGUAUUUAAUUUAUUUUUGGUUUGGUAUUGAAAAAACAGUAAAGAGUGAUAGUAUUUGUAGGUAUUGAAAGUUUAACACUGAGUUAUCAAUCGUGGAGGGGAAAAAAAACUACCAAAACUUUUAAAUGCAUUUCCAAUUUUAAACUAAUGCACCUAAGUGAGUACAGGCUGGUUUUAAAAUGUAUGUUUGUUAUUUGUUUCUAUUAAAUCACGUUUUGAUGCAUUUCUACUUUUCUGUGACUCUUGGUUUACUUAAUAUUGU